CAGUUUUUGGGGCGAAUAUAGCAGGCCUUUAAAUCGAAUCCCAACGUCCCCUCGGGUACCCAGCCCAGAAUUUUCAUUCCACUGAUAGCAGCCGAACUGUGAACAACAAAACAGUAGAAGUAUUUAAGGUUUAAGCAAGAGCAACAAAACUUUUUGACAUGUCUUCUGACGAAUCACCCGCUGGAGGCGAUGGAGGUGAUGGAGCCGGAACUGGAUCGGCCAAGGGCACGACCACGGCCGGAGCCGCUCUGAUGAUGGCCAGCCCCUGGCUGACGGUGGCCGCUGCCACCGCCUACACCACAACUGCCAUGUGGGCCAAGCUACGUGAGAUGGGCAUAUUCAAGAGUUUGCGGGGUCGCAAGUCUGCCGCCGCUGCCGCCGCCGCCGCAGCCGACGACAAGGAUGCCGCCGCUGCUGGCAACGCCGCUGGUGACGCCUCGCAGACCAACGAUGAGGUGCUAAAGCUGUUCCAGGACGGAACUGCCAUCGAUGGCUUGCUACUGCAGGACGAGGAACUGCAGGAGCGUGAAGAGGGUCUGGGACCCGAUCGACUACUAGAGAUGUCGCCCAUUGACUUCUAAAUGGGUGGCCAUUGGAUGAGGACACAGAAAUGCAACACUAACUACACACACACACACACACACACACAUAGGCACACACGCACACACGCACACACGCACACUUAAUGUGUUAGAUAUUAUCUACCCCCUCCCCCCCCCCACACUCACGCACACAAAAAGGGAACACAAACGAGCACUUUGAGAAUCCACACGCACACACGCAAACGCAAACGCACACACUCACACACGAAUGAUAAUGAUAAUUGUUGUAAUGCUUGCGCGUUCCAAAGGGGAUGGAUAAGCAGGGAGGACACACACAUCGCCACCCUCAAGGCCAACACAAAUUGUUAGUGGUCAUAAUUCUGGCAAUCGAAAUUAAUUGUGAAUCAAACACGAUGAUGUUAAAGCCUCCUCGAAUGACACCAUGUAUUCUUCCACUUCAAUCUGCAUCAAUACAUAUAAACCAUUUAUUGAAAGACAA